AUGUCGAACCAACAUGAUAAUGGUAACACUGGCGCUUCGGAGUCGCAGAUGCCUAUGCUUACGCUGGCAUACCUCAACCAUGCUAUCUCCUGGACAUAUCCGAUCAUUGCUGCUCAAGUCAUCGCCAUGCUCGAGUGCGUUCGAGUCCUCCCAGCCGAAGUUCGCAUGAUCAUGCGCGCUUACAAGCGGCGCAGGCUCAACGCUGCCGAGACGCUCUUCUUCAUGAUCAAGUAUGCGACGGUCCUGUCAUUCAGUCUGGAUUUGACGAUUCAGCUGACGCAGCUGUUGCAGAGCGACGACGCUUGCUUGGGUGCAAGCUGGGCAUCGCUGUUCUUCCUUUUUUUCGCAUCGAGCACUGUCGUCGCCUCUCUCUGCUGGCGUGCGCACAUCAUCUUCCACAGAUCGUUGUUCUCUCGCAACUUGCUAUGCAUCGGCUUGCUUGUUCAGAUCGGCAUCUCCAUUUACACACUUUCCAAGCAAGGCAAGUUCGACACGCUCUUCAGCGACGGGACAGCCGCCUAUUGCAAUCUUCGCAGCCAAGUCGAUCCCGUGCUGGCCUCGAGACCGCCUCCUCCUUGGUACAGUCUUAGUGCACCGUGGUUCCUCUUGUACAACACGCUUUUCGACGGCAUUAUCGUCGCAACAACCACCUGGCGCCUUCUUAAAGCUGCUCGUGGGCCGACCGGCUUCGCUUCCAUCAGCAAACGCCUCUUCGCCAACGGCAUCCAGUAUUCCGCAGUGGUCUGCACGGUCAACUUGGUCGAAUUCAUUGCUAUUAUGGCCGCUUUUAAGAAGAUGCCCUUGAGCCAGCCGAGACUGAAGCGCUGCUUCAACAUAUGCUUCCCUGGACCGACUUGGACAGAUAUGCUCAUCUCUGAGCAAGAUGCUGUGCACGGCCACUACGGUGGCAUGUCUUCCAUGGUCAAACCACCCCAGUACCGUUCCGACCCUUCGAGUGGAAGACCAGGCUUCCCAGCUCUGCCUCUUGCAUCUUCAGGUGCCUCUUCCCACGCCACGUCUGGCUUCGAUUCGAGCAUCAGGGACUCCAAAGCUCUUCUGACAGCUAAAUCGGGGUUUGGAAGGGGGCAGGGCGGGACCGCUCUGCCCUCAGUACCAAUGAGGACGCUAUCGAGCUCGGGACACGGUGAUCGUGAUGUGGAUGGCUUUGUGCACGAUGCAGAAGCUGGCAUGUACAGUUCCACGACAGAUGACUACCUUGCUAGCACUUUGUUGGAGAAAGGGGAACUCGGCACACCUCCAGGACCCGCCCCACCCUUUUCGAUGCUCUCUGGCACACCUUCCAACUUUGAUGAGACGCCUUCGGAGUUUGGCGACAAUGUGGACUACACUCGAUCCCCUGGGAAACGCGCGAACGAGUCUAGAUCUCUCACUUUGGGCGACGACGGCAAGAACAACUUGUCGAUCGGUGCCAUUCGUGAACGAGCUGCAGAGCUGAAGAGGAGCGAGAAUGAGCACCAUCACAACCGCAAGAGCGUCCCGAGCGCGAAGCCCUCAAUCUUUUCUGGAACUGAUGGCUUUGGCGCUCCCGGACCGCACGGAAAAAAUCAGAUCAUGGUGGAGACGACGCGUGACGUCACGCGCAGCUCACCUGUGCGAGACACCGCGCUUAGUCGCAUGACCACUUCUUCAGGUGCCAGUCCAAACGAGGAUUCUUUCAGCACACCCAAGCGCAAGCCAAUGGACCCAGUUGCUUCCGAGAUCCUGCCGGGACGUCACCUGGGACACACUCCCAACGCCAGCGUCUCGUCGAUUCACGAUCCUCGUUACCAGAUUACAAGAUCUUCUUCGGAUCCGAACUCCAAUCACGGGCAAAGACAGCAUUGCAUCGACCCAGUCGUUGCAGCCGCCUACCCGAAGCUAGCUGCUCAGCAAUCGAAGGCUCAUCAGAAGGAUAUGUACGAGGGAGAUCGAGGACUCGACCAUUCUUACGACCCACCAGGAUCCGCUACUUCUCAAGCUAGCAGCUUCGCGGCAGGUGAGCCUCGAGUCACCAUUUCAAAUCGCGCCGUCGAUCAAUUCACUACGAACCAAGGUAGUGCGACGAGCGCUGGUAACCGCUACUUCUGAGCAAGCUGAGAAUAACCACAUUCGACAAAGCCGUGAAGACUAGCGCCCACCAGUGCUCAAUCUGCAUCCGGUGUCUUGCCUUCUACCCUGCGUUGACGGCCCGUCUUUCCGCGGUCUCGAGACAUUUGAUCGAUUGAGCUUGACUCGACGACGGCGUCCGAAAUUCUAAAGGUACCCGACCACUGUUGCCUCUGACUAAUACAAUUCGUGUCACCUAAUUUGUCGAGGGAUGAGCUUGCUUUUGCGAGGUGCUCUGAGCAUGCUCGAGUGAGAUGAGGUCUGAAAAGUUAACAAG